CCGGACGGACGACGGUCGAACGAAUAUACCUAGUACAGCUGUGGAGUGUGAAAGACCCUGCACAAGCUUACAUCUUUAGAAUAAAGUCGUGGUGAGACCUGCACCUUUAUGGCGUAGUCGGAAAGAUUGUCAUUUUUCUUUACGAACUUUUUCAUUGAACAUUGCUUUCAAAAAUCAUCUCCAAGACCAGUAAAGUCUUAAGCUAACCACCACUCCGCGUGCAACUAGGUCUUUAAGCAGGUUGGAACCUUCAACAGUUUAGGGGUUCGUUAAACGUGUGUUAACAAAGCAAAGCAUGCUCGACUCAAAUAUGGCCGCUGUAUCUUCAGACGCUUGAUGUAGCAGAACAUUUUGCUUUAAAAAUUACUUGUUGUUUGCUCAAGGUUAUUGGACAACAAAAAUUUUUGUACAGUUCAACUGUCAUCAAUUGAAGAUUACCAGGACGUAAUCUUUGGUGGUAGUUCUUUGAUGGUUAUUUGUGACACCUAACCAUGCAGAAUUUUGAUGAUCUAGACAUCGAAGGAAGAAAUCCAUCAAGUGUUUCUCAUGAAAAUCAAGAAAAGGAGGAAUAUGAACGUAAAAGAUUAUUAAGAUCUAGUGUCACAGCUGAAGAUGGAGUUCUUCGACCAGUGUAUUCUGAGACUGAAGAUGGUGACAUUUGGUGCCACAUUUGCAAUAACGCCCUUUUUGGAGCUCAUAAAAUAUUGAGCCAUAAUAUUGGUAGCCGACAUAAAAUCAAACUGGAAGAAUGGCCUUACCCAAUUUCUCUAUGGUCAAAACGAUCAGAUCUUGUAAAAAAAAGUAAAGCCAGUUUAGGUGCAGUUGCUCCAGGAGAACCAAUUCCUCCUGGCAUGGAAGACCAAAUUUCAAGGUCUACAACUAUUCAAAUGACUUUGGAUCGUCAUAGAAGCUCACCAUUAGUUGGUUUAGAAUAUCUUCUUGAGGUCGUUGAUUCUGCAAGUCCAGAACCAAGUUAUACGUGUGUACUUUGUGAUAAACGAGGAGACCCACGCACUGUUAUGGCACACAUCACAAGUUAUAAUCACAGAAUUACUUAUUUGAAUUGUCAUUUUCCAACAAUAUCACGGGCCAUUGUUGAUUUUCCCCGUUCUCCUAAUUACAAAAGAAUUGCUAAUGAAAUAUCUGUGUUAGCAGCUAAAAAAAUUGAACAACAUUUUGGUAGAUUGCAACCCCAGUUGGUGGAUAAAAAUUCUUUUGAAAAAAAUAAAACGCAAAUCAUUAAGCAAAUAUGUCAAGAUUAUCACUUUCGUGAGUCACAAGAAAAUACCUUCAAAGACCUUUAUGAUGCACAGUGGGUAGCAAAAAUUGCAGAGUCAAUUUCAGAAAAUGCUACAAAAGUUGAAGAAAAUCCAGAAAAGUCAGAAAAAAAAGAAGAGUCUAAAUUGGACAAAGUAUUUCAAAGCUUAAAUACAAGACCUGACCAAAAAUUGGACUCAAAACCUGGUAUCAAAAUUCGUCUCAACACAAGAGAUACAUCUUCUGGAGGCGUUGAAAAACCAACAUCAACGCACAGAAAAAAAAGUCGCAAAAGCAACCGAGACAAUGACGAUGCAGACGACGCGAAAUCGCUUUCAUCGUUAUCGAGCAUCUCAAGUAGUCCUUCGCCAAAGCGUUCGCGUUCAGGUUCAAACGAAGGUCGUCGCGGUGGUAACAGCAAAAAUACUGCACGAACAUCCGAUUCCAAGUCAAGAGGUCGUUCUCGUUCGCUGGAGCGUCGUUGGGGCAAAUAUAGAGCCCUGUUGCGACGCUCGGAAGAAUCGCUCGAUCGCUUGCUUAAAUAUCACGAGAAAAAUCCUGAAAAACACCCUGCUUAUCCCGAAGAAUGGAAAAAGUUUUGGAAUAGACGCUACAAAGAACUGCAGCAAGAGGGAAAAGACCCAAGCAAGCACGACUUCAAACCCGAGUGGAUUGAAUUUUGGAACAAACGCAUGCGGGAAUUGCACGCGGAGCAGCUCGAAAGGCGCAAAGAUGAAAUUAAGAAAAAGCUUGAACUUUCGGGCGAUCCACCCUCGCUAGAGGCUCCACCGGCUCCACGAGCGAAACCCUCGAAUGGAGAAAAACGCAGCCGCAAAUGUCCAGAUAGCGACGACGAGGUCGAAUACGUCGGCACAUUGAAAAAAGUUGACAAGUUCAUACCAUCGCGCAGCGAUCGAGAGCGUGACAGAGACCGAGAACGCGAGAGAGACAGAGAACACAGAGACAAAUUACGCGAUCGCGACCGCGAGCCCAGAGAUAGAGAUCGCAUCAGAGAUAGGGAGCGCGACAGAGAGAGGGACCGAGAGCGGGACCGUGACAGGGAUCGCGAACGCGAUAGAGACCGAGACCGGGACUAUUUUCCAUCUUAUGGACGCGGCAUGCCCUACAAGUCCUAUUACGCUCCUCCGUCGAGGCCUAGGUACCACGCGACUCCUUAUCCCGUCGAUCGUAACAAUUCCCCAUCUCCUCCCAAAGAGGAACUCAAAGAAGAUCUCGAAAUCAUCGGUUUACUCCGACUGCUCACUGCACUCGAGAACCAGUUGGGAUCUCUUGGUCCCAAAGUUGUUGCUUUGUUAUCGAAAGCUCUGGCUGCUGAAAAGGCUAAACCUAAUUCUGCCGAAGAGUUGCUUUUCGACGAAGACGUAAGCGUUCUCUUCGAGACAGUCAAGGAAAAACUUAAAGGACAACUCUUUGCAGGUAUGAUUGAGAAAGUAGCGGUUCCAGCGACCAAAAAUGCUAUUCAAAAUAUAGCCCGAUUGCUUCAUGAUACAUCUGAAAAUAAGAAAAAGAAGGAAGAAGAGGAGAGAAAACAGAAAGAGCUUGUUGAACAAACCAGAUCCUCGUUGAGCUUCAUGUCUAAAACUGUGUAUACAAGCAGUUUAGAUUCUAUUCGAAAAUCUGAACCGGUCAGCGUUCCAGGUGUUGGUACGGUCGAUAAAAUGGCGAUCGCCCAACAAAUAGCAGCUGCACUCGUAGCUCAAGGCAGAACAAAUGUUUCUCAAGAGGAACUUGAAACCUUGAUAAACGCUGUCGUCGGUAUGGCGGAAGCCUCGAAAAAUAGCGACAAACCUGUGACCACCGCAGAUUUUGUCAAAGGAUUGACGGCAGGAAAUACUAAUCCAAGCCCCGCGCCUCCAGUACAACCAGUACCUCCUCCACCGAUACCUAUCACUGCAGCAAGUGCAGCUAAGCUUACCAAUGUUCCAGGUCUUUCAACUCCUGCAAGUGUUGCAAACGUCAAGGACGCUUUGAACAGUAUUACAGAGAGCUUACGUUCAAAAACGCCUGAAGUGAUUAAACCACUUGAUCAAGCUGUCAAAAUGGAAAGUUUAUCGGAUAACGAUUUGAAAUCACUUUUACAAAAUUUCAAGGAUUUAAGUACGGAUGAACAGCAUGGUCUUAUCAACUUUUUGAAAAAACUCGAGGCCACGGACUCCGCCAGAGUGGAAAAAUUACGAGCCUACGUAAACUUGGGUUCUUCAUCAGCCUCUCCAGCAUUAAAACCUAUAUCGCCCGAGAGUGAUAACGAUGAGCUCUUACGACCCGCUCGAAGUACUUCUCCAUUUUCAAUGCGGAAAGGCACUCAUAAUCCUUGUGACGACGAAGAUCAAUGGAAACCCAAGCUUGAUAUGUUCGCUGAGGAAGAAGAAGAAGAUAAACGGAAAAGGUUUGAUGAAAAACCUAAGAAAUUGGUUUUGUCUGACGAUGACGAUGAUGAUUAUUCAUACGAAGAUAUUUACAAAGCAGCCGAUAAGAAUGUAUUAGAAAACGAACGAGCCAAAAAACGCUCAUACUCGAGGUCCCGUUCUAAAUCACCAAAAUCAUGGUCCCGUUCAGAAUCGCGAUCACCAAACUUGAAAAAAUCCACUGAUUAUCCCAAAAAUAGCGAUCCUAACGCUAUCUUAAAUGAAACGAAGAAGUUGAUCGCCAAUAUCAUGGGAGACCUGCCGAACAAGUUUGUGACAAAGUCUCACAUUUCGCCUAUGUCGGAAAACUCACCACUGUCUGGUCAAGGUUUAUCCAGCUCAUUGAUACCACCAAUUACUGCUCCAUCUAUGCCACAAAACAGUUAUUCGAAUUUCAAUAUGAAUCCAGCUCCUCCAAACAAUCAGCAAAUGUCAUAUCCGUCAAACCAGUAUCAAAAUUAUGGCAUGGUACCUCCACCACAACCACCACAACCACCUCCAUCUUACGGUGGAGCUGCUUCUUUUAUGAAUAAUGGAUUUAACAACUUCAGCUCAAAUUACAAUAAUAUGAAUACUCAAAAUCAAUACGGUGGAGUUUCAUCCAAUCCAUAUCCGCCAACUCAAUCUAACUAUGGAAGUUCGUCAUUUGGGGCUCCUCAACCACUAAGAGCACCACCACCAUCCAGUUAUCCCCAACAACAGUCAUUUAAUAAUUAUUCUCAACAACAACGUUUUUAUUAAUAGUAUUCAAUGAAUAGCUUUGGUUACAUGUUAAAUGACUUUUAAAUAUUCUAUCGACUGAUAAUAUUGCUUCAUGGACUUAUUUUUCUUUUGAUUAGUUACCUUCUUAGUAAAUGCUCAUCAGACUUGAAUCAUAGUUUUAUCAGUUACAUGUUAUGCAUUCAUUUAUAAUUUUAUAUUCUUGGGUUGUAUUAAUGCUGAAAAAAAUAACAUUGUUAGAAACGUUUCUUAUAUUUUUUAAAAUUAAUAAUUUUUAUUCGAGUUUACUAAGUUGAGCAAAACUUAAAGAACUCUUAAUAGUGUCAGAACCCAUCAUGAAAUUUUUACGCAUCGUAUGAAUUUAAUGUAACAUACUUCAAAAAAUGUAUGACUAAAGUAAGUUGUAUAGGAAUAGUUGAUCAUUAUUUUUAACUUUAUUUUUUGAUAAAUCUUAAGUUGAUUUGUAAGAAAUUUUUACAAUUCAAUGUACAUAUAAUGUGUAAGCUAUGUAAAAUAACUUAAUAAAAUAAUACAUUUUUCCUACA